AGGGAGGAGGGUAUUUGGGAGCACAUUCUAUUGGCUGCCAGGAACUAAGCUUUUUUGUUAUCAUUCAGGAGUAACAUAAUUUGCAGUAGUUAAACGCCUGAUCUGUCUGAAUACUAUGGCAAAUCAAACCAAGCCCAUUCUUCAUGGAUAUUUCAGGAGUUCAUGCUCUUGGAGGGUUCGAAUCGCUUUUGCUCUUAAAGGUAUUGAAUUUGACCAAGUCCCAGUCAAUCUAAUCAAAGAUGGGGGUCAGCAGCUUACAGACCAAUACAAGGGGUUAAACCCUAUGCAACAAGUGCCUGCUGUCCAAAUUGAUGGCAUCACCCUGUCACAGUCGCUGGCAGUGAUCCAGUACAUUGAGGAGACCAGAACAGGACCCAGGCUUCUCCCUGCAGACCCAAAGAAACGUGCCCAGGCACGCAUGAUCUCUGACCUCAUCGCCUCUGGGAUCCAGCCUGUGCAGAAUUUGUACGUGCUACAGAAGAUAGGAGCCGAGAAGGUGCAGUGGGCACAGCAUUUCAUCCAAAGAGGUUUUGAAGCCCUGGAGCCCAUUCUGAAAGAGACAGCUGGCAAGUACUGUGUAGGGGACGAGAUUUCCAUGGCAGACAUCUGUCUCGUCCCUCAAGUCUAUAAUGCUGAACGGUUCAAAGUGGAUGUUGAUCAGUUCCCAACUAUCAAAAGGCUAAACCAGACCUUACUGAAGGUAGAUGCUUUCAAAGGGAGUCAUCCGUCCUGCCAACCAGACACACCUGCUGAAAUAUGUACUUGAGAACCCCUGAUGUCUAAGGGAGCCAGUAGUGCCACAAUCAUUGAAUACUUCAAUAAAAUGCUUUGAUAUGUC